ACCGUACGGCCUUUCUUCCAAUACCGCUGUCCAGUGCCAGUGGCGUUGCAGGUAUGGCGUCUACCUCUGCCAAAGGCGCCGACGACGCGCUACCCGACGUUGAGAGGCUUCAGAUAUCCAACUCACCCCAAAGCGCGACAUCAAUAACGGCAGACGAGGCCGUUUCUCCGAAUCCAUGGAAGGACGACACAGCGGACGAUGUCCAGAAGGAUGCAGACCUGGAAGCAUCAAUACAUCGCUUGAAGACGCCAGACCCGUCGGUGCUGGACGAAUCGAUAACAUCUGGGCUGGUAUCUCUACCGUCAGAUCCUCCAGAACUGGUGAACGCUCAGGAAGUACUUGAAGAAUUCGACCCACUAGUAAAUCAAGAAGAGAAGGAUGCAAGGAAGGCAUGGGAGAGCUCUGAGGGACACCCGCCACAUCCAGACCCUUCGCCGGUCGCGCCAACACCGCCGUCGAAAGAUCUUACCCCGCCGCCCAACGAUGCUCCGGCUUCGUCGUCGUCGUUUCCCUCACUGGCUGCCUUGGCGCGCUCAUUCCAGAUGCCAAAACUAACACAUUCACGCCCUCUUUCACUUGAUAUGGCGAAGCCGGUUCCUUCUCCCGAUACAUUGUCGUCGUUUGCAUCUCAGCAACAGCAACCCGCAAAGCCCGAACCGGUUUCUCAGGCAAGUCUGGAAUCAUCAAGAACCAGCACACCGGGGAUGGUGAGAGAGGGCUCGCCAGCUGUGGAUCAGGGCAAGGGGGAUCCACCAUUCGAUUUUCAAAGAUUCUUGGAUCAGAUGAAGAGCAGAAACGCGGAAGCGGUGUCGAAAUAUCUCAAGUCAUUUCUGAGUAACUUCGCCAAGCGUACUUUUACCGUCAACGACCAAAUCAAGAUCAUAAACGAUUUUCUGAAUUUUAUUGCAAAACAAAUGCGUGAAUGUGAAGUAUGGCGUAGUGCUUCGGAUGCCGAAUUUGACAACGCCAUGGAAGGCAUGGAGAAGCUGGUUAUGAAUCAGCUCUAUCAAUUCACAUUUACUCCCCAAGUGGUACGAGUAAUACCUCGUCGACAAAUCACAGCAGAUGACCUGGAGCGAGAUCGCGUACUUUCCCAACGGAUAGCCCUCUUUGGGUGGGUAGAGGAGAAACACCUCGAUAUUCCAGAGGGGGAUGGUAGCAAAGGGUUCUUGAUGUUUGCUCAGCAAGAGCUACUCAAGAUCAACCAUUACAAAGCCCCUCGCGACAAGCUAAUAUGCAUACUAAACUGUUGUAAAGUCAUAUUUGGCUUAAUUCGACAUUUGAGAACAGAAGAGGGCGCAGAUUCGUUUGUUCCGAUACUCAUAUUCGUCGUGCUGAAGUCAAACCCUGAGAAUCUUCUCUCGAAUGUUGAGUUCAUCAACCGAUUUAGGAACCCUGUUAAACUGCAAAGUGAAGCAGGGUAUUAUCUAUCUAGCCUUAUGGGUGCCGUAUCUUUCAUCGAAACCAUGGAUCACACAUCUCUAUCAAACAUUACGCAAGAGGAGUUCGAGAAGAAUGUUGAGGAAGCCAUCCAGUCACUACCCAGUGAUGGCGACUCGCCUGCAAUACCUCACUUCACUACUGAACCACCACCAACACCAUCACGAAGCAACUCCUCUCUUUCUUCUCACGCUGGCGAAGAAUCCGCGCAACCACUCUCCCUCCCUACUCCUGCGCAAACUCUUUCCGAUGACGCGAAGCGACUUCUUCAAAAGACAGGCGACACUAUAUCAAAGCCCCUCAAUGCCAUAAGCCGUAUACUCAAUGAAGCUAUUGACAGCGCCGCCUCUCCAUUCUCCCCAUUCGAGACAGGUCGAGAACAACGUACAGGAGGAACUCCUCUGCCUGUACCACACUGGUCACACCCAGAUCAAAUUCGGCAAUAUCAGCAGCAACAAGACUCGUCGCGAUCGAGCUCUCCACGAAUAGCACCACAAACACCUCCGGGUGAUGGUAUGUACCAGCCUCCGUUGCAAACACCGUAUAAGCCUCGGGUGCGACGGGUACCGUCUCCUUCCUUUUCUCCUGGGAUUGAGGAGACGCCAUCGCGGCCCGGUCCAUAUACAAAUCAGCCAUUAGCAAUCGGUCCUUCACAGUCACUUUUCGCGUCUCCAUAUCGGCCUGAUUCUGCACAUGUUUCGCGGACACCUACACCCAAUCUGGACCUGGUGGGGAUGCAAGAGGAGAUUGAUGCUGCGCAUCAGCAGGCGGCGGAAGCAGCCCAAGACACGUUAAUACAGAUAUUCCCCGCUGUCGACAGGGAGAUUAUAGAGUGGGUACUAGAGGCUAAUACGGGUGAUUUAGGGAAGAGUAUCGAGGCGCUCUUGGAGAUGAGUAGUGGUGUGUAGCUAACCAGAGUUUUGCAUAUUGUACGGAUAGGCUUGAUUGUGAUUUUCUGAUUUUUUUGGCGGGAGGCUGGAGUACGACUGGACACACCCGUGGGCCUUGUGCCAAUUAAUUUCAUUCCAGGGCCACACGGAUGAAUAUGUUCAAAC